GUCCCGUUACCAUUCCUACUCCUUUACUGUUUAUCAGGCCAAACUGGGCCAGAGUGGGUCCACAAGAGUCGCAGACAUUUGACGUAAAAUACUUCUAAGGCCGUUUAAUCGGAAGCCGAAGAGAAACACGAAAGAAUCGUGUCCCUUUAGAAAGCUCCCCAAUCCAAGAAUCUAGCCAACCUGACAAACAGUCGCCUAGUCCCACUACAUUCACAAAAGUGAGAGAGAGAGAGAGAGAGAGAGAGAGAGAGAUGUCAGGUUACAGAGGUGAAGAUGAAUACGAUUACUUGUUCAAGUUGGUGUUGAUCGGUGAUUCAGGUGUGGGUAAAUCGAACCUGCUGUCCAGGUUUACAAAGAACGAGUUCAAUCUUGAGUCCAAGUCCACUAUUGGUGUCGAGUUCGCUACCAAAAGCCACAAGCUUGAUGGCAAGGUCAUCAAAGCUCAAAUUUGGGACACCGCUGGUCAAGAAAGAUAUCGUGCCAUUACAAGUGCUUACUAUAGAGGAGCUGUUGGUGCGCUCCUUGUUUACGACGUCACUCGGCAUUCCACAUUCCAGAAUGUUGAGAGGUGGUUGAAGGAGCUGAGGGACCACACUGACCCCAACAUCGUAGUAAUGCUCAUCGGCAACAAAUCAGAUCUCCGACAUCUUGUGGCCGUCUCAACUGAUGAUGGCAAAGCACUGGCUGAGAAAGAGUCGCUCUACUUCAUGGAGACGUCUGCUUUGGAAGCAACCAACGUGGAAAAAGCGUUUACAGAAGUACUUACUCAAAUAUACCGGAUUGUCAGCAAAAAACCUGUUGAGGCCGGUGACAAGGGCGGUGCAUCGGGUAUUCCGUCUCAAGGGGAGACAAUCAAUGUCAAAGGUGACACGUCAGCGUGGAAGAAAAUCGGUUGCUGCUCAAGUUAGCGUGUUGGCGUGGAUGAUUGUCUCUGCUCCAGAUACUUGUUUCUUGUACAUUAAGGAAGACCUUGCUUUACCAAUUUCAGAUACGAGCACACAUCCAUCUACUUGUAGAAUGCGAAGAAAAGGAGCUUGGAUGUGUUACAAAUAUUGUCAUGAAUAAUUGAAAGCAACAAAGUUGUGAUUUUAAGAUAUAAUGAUGGGUAAUUGAUCGUUCUACCCAGUAUUGUUUCUUUUGCUUGAAUAAUUGGUCAGUAUUUUUUUUUUGUGGUUGCAAAACUUACCCAGUUGAACUGCAGCUUGGCUUGUAAAUAUGGCGAAAUUGAGGACUUCAGUUUUGUUCUAA